AUGUUCUUGUACGCAAGGUUAAGUCUACUGAUACCCAAAAGGGGGAUCAGGAACUUUAGCGUCUCGAGCACGCUCAAUCAAUUCCGUGUGGCCGUUGUUGGAACUGGACCUGCUGGGUUCUACACUGCUCACCACUUGCUCAACAAGUCUAAUGGACUUCCGAUCAAGAUCGACUUCUUUGAUAGAUUGCCAACUCCUCAUGGCUUGAGUCGAUAUGGUGUGGCUCCAGAUCAUCCUGAGGUGAAGAAUUGCGAGGAAUACAUGGAUAAUAUCAUGGCCGAUCAUCCCGAUAAGGUGCGUUUCUUUGGUAACGUUAACAUUGGUACUGACAUUCCGCUUAAAGACCUUCAGGAUGUUUACCAUUCCAUUGUGUUAUCAUAUGGCUGCACUAGCUCGGAUAACCGUCUAAAUAUACCUGGGGCUGAUUCACCGGCGGUGAUUCUGGCUCGUCAGUUCGUGAACUGGUACAAUAGCCAUCCAGACAGUGAAUUUAGCGACGCUAAGAUCCCUCCUCCACUUGAAAAGAUCAAGAAUGUUACCAUCAUUGGUAAUGGUAAUGUGGCAAUUGAUGUGGCUAGAAUUUUGCUAGCCGAUCCUGAGAAGCACUGGUCCCCUACCGAUAUAAGUGUUGAGGCUACUGAACUACUCAAGAAAAGUGCUGUCGAACGAGUAAAUAUCGUUGCAAGGAGGGGUUUACUUGAAUCUGCUUUCACCAACAAGGAAAUCAGAGAAUUGGCUGAUCUCAAGAAGCAUCUGAAAGUGCAAUUCGUACCAAUUGAUACGGAAAUCAUGGAUAAAAUUAGGCCCAACUCUAAGAAAUUGCCACGAAUUGACAAGAGAAAGUUCUCUAUUCUUGAAAAGGCCUCUGAUGAAGCAUCUGCUGCAGCUGAUCAACCUGGGUAUAAGAAAUGGGCGCUAGAGUUCCAAAAGGCCCCCAAAGAGUUUGUGGCUGAUCCAAACGAUCCAACAUUGCUUAAAGAAACUGUCUUCGAAAUUAACGAACUAGUUGAAGACAACCUCACCAAGAAAGUUAGUGUCAAGGGUACGGGAAAGACGGUAACCAUCCCUAAUGAAUUGGUGAUUUUAUCCAUAGGCUACAAGGGAGCCCCUCUUGAUGGAUUUGAUGAAGUUGGAUUGGCAUUUGAUAAAUCCAAGAACUCUCUAGUGCAUAAAGAAGGUAGACUUAUGCUAGGAGAUAAACUUGGAAAGGAUUUGGACUAUAAUUACAGUUACGAUAAAGGCUGGUACACGGCCGGUUGGAUUAAAAACGGACCUAAGGGCGUCAUUGCAACCACAAUGAUGGAGUCUUUUGAUACAGCAAACAAUGUAUUAGAGGACCUUAACAAUGGCAUAUAUAAUAAGCCUACUAAAGAUGGAGGGGAGGUGGCCAUUCCUGACCAUGCCGUUACAUGGGAAGGAUGGACCAAGCUAGGAACAAGGUACCUACCGUGA